UUAAUGUGGGAGUGGUUGAAAUAACAUGGCGGAUUUGAGGCGACACGAUGAUUCCGAUGAGGAAACGUUUGUGCGGACUGGCAAAGCUUUUAAGAUAUUAGAAACGGACGAAGACAUCGUCAAAGCAAAGGAAAAGAAAGCCAAAGAGCAAUAUGUGUUGGACAAGCAAGGAAGACGUCGUUUUCACGGAGCCUUUACCGGAGGAUUCUCCGCUGGAUACUUUAAUACAGUCGGUACCAAGGAAGGAUGGAGCCCAGCAGUAUUCUCCUCCUCUAGAUCCUCUAAAGUUGCAUCAAAGAGACAGAGACCUGAGGAUUUCAUGGAUGAAGAGGAUCUUGAUGUGUUUGGCAUUGCUCCAAGACUAGUCUCCACUAGAGAGGAUUUCGAAAAAGAGAAAUCGUCUUUUUCGGCAUCAAAAGCCACACCCAGUGUCAUACCAGGGGCUCCUCCCCUUCAGGACCUGGUUAUACCAACUCGCUCGACUAUUGGAGCUAGACUGUUGAAAUCAAUGGGAUGGAAGGAGGGCCAAGGGGUGGGACCUAAGAUUGCUCCAGAGAGCGAAGGCCAUAAAGUAUAUGGAUGUUCCCUGCCUGGUGCUAGUGAUAGCAAUGAUUUUAUGUUUGCGCCAAAAGACAUUGCACCAUGGAAGCAGCUUACAUUUAAGGACAAUACACAUGGUAUAGGGUACAAGGGAAUGAUGGAUGCAGAAGUAUUGUCAUCCAGUACAUUUACUAAGGACCUGUAUGGAAUGUCUGGACAAGCAUUUGGAGUGGGUGCACUGGAAGAGGACGAUGAUGACAUAUACUCACAAGAGAGUCUAACGGCAUACAGUCACACACUGUCCAGUGAGCAAGAGCUCAGUGGAUCGUUGAAAUACGGAUGGACUGGUGCCAUAUCAUCAGAAUUGUGGAGCCUUGCUGCUUUUGUUAAAGUCAGGCAUGGUAAUAUUUUAAAGAAAUAUCCGCCACCAUAUGUUCCUAAGGAUUUUGUUCCAAUUCAUAAAUUUACAACUACAGCCAUAGAAGUAUCACAGACUGGACUGCCAUUAUCUGCCUAUGAGAGACAGAACAUUGUAAGUGAUCAGUCAAAAAAAUCAGUAUUUGAUUAUGUGAGCUCUGAAGAUAAAAAGAAAAUCGACAAUAUCAUCAGUCAAUCAAAGUCUGACAAUAAGAAGAAGGCCCAACAGUCAAGAAGUACUACAAACCAGCCACACACUCAAGUAAAUAGAACAGCUCCUUUAAGUGCUGUAGGGCAGACUAUGAUUUCUGGUGACUAUCAGCCAUUCUGUGAUUCACCUGCCAAGCAAUUGAGAUACGAGCAGUAUCUCAGUGGAAAAAGGAAAUUUAAUGACAGCGAAACCAGCUCUUUUACUGAGUGGGAGAGAAAGAAAGAAUUGGACGAGUUUUCACGCAAAGCGAGAUUGCUCAAACCAUUAAGUACUGCGUUAUCAGACAAGUUUACUAGAGGAGUCACUGCUGAUGUGCAGGACGAUAAAAAUGAAAAUGAUGAAGACGCAUCAGAAGCUGCCAAGAUUGGAUUGUUUGGUGUCAUGACACGAGAGCAAUUUGAUUGGUAUCCUCAUCGUGUUAUCUGUAAACGAUUCAACGUGCCUGAUCCAUACCCAAAUUCAGAAAUUGUUGGAGUUCCUGCUGCAGUUGCGCCUGUUUCAAGUAAUAAAGUACUUCAUUUUGAAAGUAGUUCUGCUGUGGAUGUUGUUCAAGAAGAAGAAGAGGAAGAUGAAGAAGAAAAAGAAAAGGAGGAGCAAGAGGAUCAUAAUUUAGAAGAAAAAGAAAUGGAGGAUCUUCAAGCUGAUGUUGAAAGACCACCAAUGGAAACUUUCGUAUCAAUAUUUGCUGAUGCCUCUAGUGACACUGAAGAAGCAAUAGCCUCCAAUGAUGAGCCACAAAUACAAGAAAAGAAAUGGAAAAAUCUAUCAGACAUAGUUCCAGUAGUCCAACCUCUUCCUCAAGCUCUCCCUCCUAUGGCUAGUACUACUCCAGCUACUGUUAAAAAUAGUACUAAAGUAGUAGAAACUGCACAAGAUGAUAAUCUAAGCACUCAAGAAGUGUUUGGCCCUCCUCUUCCACCUAAUUUCACAGAAAAUGAAGAAAAAUUCAGUUCAUCACACACCACUCAUGAUCAUCAUAAACAUCACAAGAGAAAAAGUUCAUCUUCACAUAAAAAGGAAAAGCACAAGAGAAAACACUCUCGCCAUUAGUUUUAUUGUAUUAUAAUAAUAAAAAACCAAAAGUAUCUUAUUAUAUAAAGUAUACAAAUGAAGCAAAAUGAAAACUAUUUAAAGAAAAAUUUUUUUCUCAAA